GCUCAAUGUCUCUGUGCGUGCAUUGGCCAUCCAUCUCAUUCGAUGUUUUUUCAUCCACUGGCAGGUGACAACUCAUCCGCUCUGUAGCCAUGCAGCUAAUGUCUCGCUUCUAUUUGAUCUUCGCCUCCAUCUUGGUCAAUCGCUCGUCCAUCGACGCCUGUCGCUCAUCCAUCCUCGUCAAGACUGAGGUGCAACGCAAACACAGAUAUGGGUGCACGCUCAACAAAGACCAUCUUCAUCCAUCACCUGCCAGGAUCUCUGAGGGCUGCAGCACAGCGAGUGACCGGCAUGAAGCGUGCUCGCCUCUGCCGUGGUGGGUCUGUAAGCGUGUUCAUGUCCGUGUGUCACCUGCCAUGAUGUCGGGAGACGUUGAGUCGUGGUGGUCUGCGGCCUCAAUCCACUUGUCUAUGCUGUCCUUGAAUGCGCCCCGUGCUUCACGCCUUUCGUCAGCCAUCCACGGACUGUCAGUUUCGGUGGCGUCAGAAGACAAAUUGUCAGAAGAAAACAACGACACCGUCUGACCAUUCCAGAGAAAUGAGACAAUGCUAUUGCUUGUCUCAUCUGACUUGUGCUGUGACCCUCACCUGGUCGGCGUAUUGGCACAGAAGGCCGACGGGCACCAGGAGGAUGAGAAGGGGUGUGCACAGUACGGCACAGUAGUCCCCCUCCCGUAUCUUUUGUGGGAGAUCCUCAAGCGUUUUGAAGAUGAGUACAGGUGUAAAGGCGACAGCAACAAGGAGUGCGUCGACGGUGGAGUAGACGGCCUUCAUCGACCAGAAGGCAAUGCGGCAGAGUGACGACUGCUCCCUCCGUUGUUCGCUGAUGAGGGAGGCGAGAUAUCGCAGGGGCUCCGACACGACCACAGCUGCACAAACACAGACGCCCCCCCUGUGAUUGGCCGGCUGCAGUUCAUGUUUUUGUCGCACUGACCGAUGAGGUUGAAUGGCGGCGGGAGCCUCUCGUGGUGCGGCAUAUUCAAAUACUCAUUCAACACGCGAAUGCGGAGCAACCUGAACUCAUUGGCAAAGGGAGAGAAGGAAAUUGGUACACAGAGAAUCUGUAUGUCUUCCUUGUUGUCGCUGUCAUUUGUCUGUGUGUGUCUCUUGGUUAUCUCCUGACUGGUAUUGCGAGGUCUGCGUCUCUUCGAUCGCCGCAUACGUCGACGCCUAACAGACAGAGAGGGAGACAGAGAUGAAGUGGGCUCCAGUUUGACACACUCUCGUGUCUGUCUUACCAU